AUGUCUGGAAAUGCGACCAGGACUCUGGGGAAAGGAUGCGCUCCCCCUGGGCCGGUCCCGGAGGGCAUGAUCCGCCUCUACAGCAUGAGGUUCUGCCCCUACUCACACAGAACCCGCCUCGUCCUGCAGGCCAAAGGAAUCAGAUACCAAGUUGUCAACAUUAAUCUGAGGAACAAGCCUGAAUGGUUCUAUACAAAGCACCCCUUUGGCCAAAUACCUGUCCUGGAGAACAGUCAAUGUCAGCUAAUCUAUGAAUCUGUCAUCACGUGUGAGUACCUGGACGAUGCUUAUCCUGGGAAGAAGCUGUUUCCGUGUGACCCUUACGAGCGAGCUCGCCAAAAGAUGCUAUUGGAGCUAUUCUGUAAGGUCCCAUUCUUGACCAAGGAGUGUCUGAUAGCAAUGAGAAACGGGAGAGAGUGCUCAGACCUGAAGGCAGCUCUGCGUCAGGAAUUCUGCAAUCUGGAAGAGAUUCUUUGCUAUCAGAAGACCUCCUUCUUUGGCGGGAACUGUAUAUCCAUGAUUGAUUACCUCCUUUGGCCCUGGUUUGAGCGGCUGGAUGUAUAUGGGGUAGCAGACUGUGUGGACCACACCCCGACACUUAAGAUCUGGAUGGCAACCAUGAAGCAGGACCCUGCAGUAAGUGCUCUUCUCAUCGACAAGAGCACUUUCUUGGGCUUCUUGAAUCUCUAUUUUCAGAACAACCCUGAUGCCUUUGAUUAUGGGCUAACAUGUUGA